UUAGUUUGACAGAGGAGGAAGAAUGGAAAUUCUGGAACUUAUCUCCUUCCCCAUUCUGGACCGAGCCAGAGAAAUGUGAUGGAAAAUUACUCUGUGCUUGUGCAUGUGCGCACAUGAGAGAGAGAGAGAGAGAGAGAGAGAGAAAGAGAGAAAGCAAGAAAGCAAGAGAGCGCGCGUGAAGACGAUGAAGAAAAGUGGAUGAAAUAGUCAGCAUAAAAGAAAGUCCAGAAAUAAAGUUAUCAGUGAGGCACUGCGAGAGAUGUUAGAGGUGUUUCAGUGAUCACAGUGCUUAGUCAGUGCCUGGAAAUGCAGCAUCUCGCACCUGAGAAUCACAGGCGCUUCUGUUGGAGCAGCUGGAAAAACCUCCUGCUGCCGCAGCUGAACAGACGCUCGCUGUAUGUCUACGGCAGUGAGGUGGCUGUGGAGAAGGAGUGCAUUAGACAGAAAGAGGAAGGCGUGUUGGUCAUCCAUCCCUUCAGUCGUUUAAGGAGUUAUUACAUCAUGUGUAUGGUGGCCAUAACAUUUCUGAAUCUAAUUGGCAUUCCGAUGGAGAUUGCCUUUCUGGAUGGUAACAGUGGAGUAGGUUGGGAGGGUUUUAACGUGUUCUCAGACACUCUGUUCCUGAUUGACGUGGGGCUUAACUUUCGCAUGGGGAUCAUUAAAGAUGACAGUGAGGGAGCCAUUCUGGAUUUGAAAAGCAUUCGACAACACUAUUUGAAAAGCUGGUUUAUACCUGAUGUGGUAGCAGCAUUCCCAGUUGGUUACAUACUUCUUAUUGCGGACCUGCAAUACCACAGUGACUCUCCCUCAUCCAGAGCAGGCAAAAUGAUGCGCAUCUUGAUGUUUGUGAGAAUCCUCAGUCUUGUCCGCCUGCUGCGUGUGUCAAGGCUUGUUAGGUUUUUCAAUGAGGUGGAGAGAGUUUCAAAUGCCAACUUGGAGGUGGUGAGGGUGUUCCUGAGAAUCUUGUCAUUAUUUAUGAUGAUUUUCCUGCUGUGCCACUGGAAUGGCUGUAUUCAGUAUUUUGUGCCCAUGCUUGAGGAGUUUCCCUCAGACUGCUGGGUUAGAAGAGAGAAUCUAAUGAAUGCCACAGUGGGAGAGAAGUACUCUUUUGGAGUCUUUCGGGCCCUUUCUCAUAUGACUGCAAUAUCAUACGGUUCCUCUGACACACCCACAAGCAAGGAGUAUACUUUUGAUCAGCUGAUUUAGCAAAAUGUUCAUUUUAUGCCACAACAAUCACAAUGCACAACUGAAAUCUUCUUUUAAUACCUAAUGGGUUUUGUUUGUGUUUUGUUUUUUUCAGAUGAGGUUGAGCUGUGGAUAGUCAUGACUAGCAUUGUGUCUGGAGCCAUCAUGUACACGGUGAUGGUCGCCAACACUGCUGCAAUGAUGACUGAUGUGGACAUAACAGCAAGAGCAUACAAGAACAAGAUGAAUCAUCUGGAAGAUUAUAUGACUUUCAUGAAGCUUCCCAAAACCCUUCGUAUGCACAUCAGCAACUACUUUCAGGCUCGUUAUGAAGGGAAAUGGUAUGAUGAGAAAGAUGUCCUGAAGUGGGUAUCUUCAUCUCUCAGAGAGGAAAUUCUGAAGACCAUGUGCUCGGCCCAUGUGAGAAAAGCUCCCUUUUUCCGGAACUGUGAUAUAAACUUCGUCAAUGCCAUUCUUCUGGAGCUGCAGUAUGAGGUUUAUCAGGAGGGUGACAUCAUCAUCCGCCAGAACGCUCCUGGUGACCGCAUGUUCUUCAUCGAGCACGGGCAGGUCCUUGUGGAGAAAGAGUUUUUCCAUAGGGAACUAUGUGAUGGACACUACUUUGGAGAGUCAUGUCUCUUAACAACAGGAAGGCAUUUGGCCACAGUACAAGCUCUGACUAUCUGUCAGCUUUUUUCCUUGUCGGUGGACUCCUUUCAUUCUGUUCUGAAGGACUAUCCAGACAUCAGAAGGGACCUGGAGACAUUUCAACUGGAUAAAGACAUUUUGUUAUGUUGAGAAAAUGGCUACACCUUCAUCAAGCCACUUCUGCAGCUUCCUCAGCUUGCACUUUGCCAAAUUUGCUUUACUUGGAUCUUUGUUUUUAUUGGCAUAGAUUUCCAGAAGUGGUUUUUGAAUAUUCUGUUCCAGGUGGUGGAUGCAUCCUUAAGUAUCCUCUUGUUCUACAGCGUACAACGACCUGUCAGAAAAUGGGCUUUGUAAAGCCAAUAAAGUCUGACUUGGCAACCACAUUGGAAUGGGAUUCCUCUGAGAACACUGAUUUUAGACCGUUUGUAGGCCACCUUCUCAAGCUCCUCCCCUCGCUGCUAUACUACUUUCCAAAUGCACACAGGAGGACGCACAGGUCAAAGCUUAGCAUAACCUCAUCUCAAUGUCA